ACAACUAGUGUUCAUGUUGUACGGCUGGUGUGAGAGAUUCGAGUAACAAAAAAUUUCUGCUCGCCUAUUUGUGUUUAGCUUAUAUAUAUCUAGAGAAAUCAAAUGGAAUACUCAAAUAUGUUGCGUUCAAUGGAUUCUGAACAUUUAUAAACUGAAGUGCUUAAGGUCAUAAAGAAAUUGUUUCAAAUAAUAAAACAUACAACAGACGUCGUCAUUCUGGGUAUUUUCGACGCCAUAUUUAUAUAUGCGUAUUCCUGAAUACGAAGGUCAUUGCAAACACUUUCGUACAUAAAACUCGUUAUACAUUGAUAAUAUAUUAAAGUGUUUACUAUAUAUACAUAUACAUAUACAUAUAUUAACAUAUGCUUAUGCGGAAAAAGCUGAUGCAUGAAUCUACACAUACAUAGUUAAAAGGAAAACACAAAUAAAUCCAUAUGUGUGUACUUCAAUACAAAGUUAUACAACAAAAAGUAAUUAAAUAAUCAAAUACAAAUAUAUAAUAAAAGAAAAGAAAAAGAAAAAGCGAUAUAGUAUUCUGCGGCACCGAAUAGUGCCAGAGAUAAAAAAUUUAAUUGAAAAUUGGUUAACUGUAAUGUUAAUGAAACAGUGCAGACUUCAGCAUAUUUACAAAGUCGAGAAAAAAGUGGCAGUUAAAAAGAGAAUCGCAGUCCAUCCGGAUACCAUGUUCAGAAAUUGUACAAUUUGUCAAACAUUUACAUUCUGGGCAAUGAACGCAUCAAGAGCAAACCAACCGAGAAAUAACAAGACGCCGAUAGAUUCAAAAAGACCGCAAAGCGCAUAAGGAUCUCCCGUAGAAUCAGUUUUGAUUAUUGGUCAGAUUUGGAUAAGUUACAAUUAUCGAAUCAAAUAAAGCCUCCCUCUAGAUAGGCAACACACCUUACACGAAAUUGCUCUUAAAGAGACAACCUCGACGGGGAACUGCUUCUGGGAUCUGGUGGAAGAAAGAUGAAGCUAUUAGAGAGCUCCCGAUUCGAAGCAAUAAAUAAUGCGCUUUCGAUACAAACUGGCGGAAUCACAAUUUUCGGACGAAUAGAAAGCUACUCCUGCAAAAUGGUUGCAGCUGAGAAGGUAUUAUACAAACGAUUUACAGCUGAGACGCACGGGCAUGAUUUGCAAGCGCUGUCGCCUCCGCAAACUUUGUCGGAUCUUUCACCAAACUUUCAUCGCAAUAACAGUCAAUCGGGUGAUGAAGGCGUAAUCUUAUGUGACACAAUCUCCCGAAAAACUUUAUUUUACUUGAUUGCAACUUUAAAUGCGUCCUUUGAGCCUGAUUAUGAUUUUUCAGAUGCAAAGUCUCAUGAAUUUAGUAAGGAACCUUCCUUGCCAUGGGUUAUGAAUUCGGUUCAUUCAAAUUUAUCAGCUUUAGCUGGGGACCAGUACCAGGUUUUGCGCCAACCGUUGUGGUCAGCCGUAGAUGAUGAGAUUAAUUUAUCGGAAUGCGAUAUAUAUAGCUAUAAUCCGGACUUAAGCUCAGAUCCGUUUGGAGAACCUGGUUGUUUAUGGUCUUUCAAUUAUUUCUUCUACAACAAGAAGUUGAAGCGCAUUGUAUUCUUUACUAGUCGCGCCGUAAAUUCCCUCUAUGCUGGAGAAACAUCCGAUUUUUCUAUGGAAGAAGAUCUAUACUAACGAGUUCUUAGUCUUCGAUUUUAUUUUCACAAUGAUCAUUUUGGCAUAUAAGUACGAGAAGGGAAAUGGAUGGAAUUGUGUACUUCAGUGUCAGACACGCUAUGGAUGCAAACUGAUCUUUAUACGCAUCACGAACAUGAUUAUAUCUAAGAACAGUAAUAUUUAAUCAAGUACUUUAUUCAAAACAAUAAUAAUAUGCGUUCUUUGGAAAUAAACCUAAGUUUCUAUA